CAGGAUGACUGAGUGGGAGAUAGCCGCGCCUGCGGUGGCAGAGACCCCUGACAUCAAGCUCUUUGGGAAGUGGAGCACGGAUGAUGUGCAGAUCAACGACAUUUCCCUGCAGGACUACAUCGCGGUGAAGGAGAAGUAUGCCAAGUACCUUCCCCACAGUGCAGGGCGCUAUGCAGCCAAGCGUUUCCGCAAGGCACAGUGCCCUAUCGUGGAGCGCCUCACCAACUCCAUGAUGAUGCACGGCCGCAACAACGGCAAGAAGCUCAUGACCGUGCGCAUCGUCAAGCAUGCCUUUGAGAUCAUCCACCUGCUCACGGGCGAGAACCCUUUGCAGGUCCUGGUGAACGCCAUCAUCAACAGUGGCCCCCGGGAGGACUCAACACGCAUUGGGCGAGCCGGGACAGUGAGGCGACAAGCCGUGGACGUGUCACCACUGCGCCGUGUAAACCAGGCCAUUUGGCUGCUGUGCACAGGUGCCCGUGAGGCUGCCUUCCGGAACAUCAAGACCAUUGCUGAGUGCCUGGCGGAUGAGCUUAUCAAUGCAGCCAAGGGCUCCUCCAACUCCUAUGCCAUUAAGAAGAAGGACGAGCUUGAGCGUGUGGCCAAGUCCAACCGCUGAUCUGGCUGUGGCCCAAUAAACCUAUCAGCCCCUUUGGGCAGCCC